GCAACCCAGGGACAGACGUGCAACUGGAAUUUGCCAAACACGCUGGAGCUUUUGUUGUUUUGGGAAUCAGAACCAGUUAGGUCUUCACUAACUGGUGGUACAUUGGCAAUAAAGUCUGAUGUUUUGAAAAUACAUUUCUUUUUUUGUAGGUGUGGGGGAAAAGUGCAGUACAAGUCAGGUACUUUUGUUUUGUGAAAUCUCCCUGUAACAACUUAAGUGGUAACAGUCUAGCAGGUGGUGACAAAUGAGCUUCAUUUAUAGUCACCCAGACCCAGAGGUUGACUCUGAGGAAUUUGAUUUUUCGGCACUUUUCGACAGUAGCCACGAUGAAGACUUCACCACAAAAGAGGCAGAACAUGUUGCUGCUUCUCACAAGGGCAUUGUUCCUCCUCCUGGGAUCGGUUUCCCAACUAUGGAUGUCUCCCAAUAUGGAUCUCAUUCAUGUAGCUCAAUGGCAUCCACAAUGCUGGCUGGAGAGCGCAUGGGUGAAUAUGGCCAAGUGGACAACCGAGAGUUCAAGUACUACCUGGAAGCUGCAAAGCCACAUGCCUCAUCUGGUGUAGAAAGCCCAAGAAUUGAGAUCACACCAUCGCCCGGACUGUUCCACAUAGCUCCACAUGCAGCCAGCUGCGGAGAACAAGCAUAUCAUUCUCCAACUGCAGGCCCUAGAGUUACUUUACCGGUGCCAGGUUCUGAGAACAUUCAAUACAGGGACCCAAACAGUCCAGCUAGUAGUGCCUCCUCAACAAGUUGGCAAUCGUUAGUGUCUCAUGAGUCAAGUUGCUCCCAUUAUGGCAUCUCACCUCAGACCUCACCCAUAACAUCUCCAUGUGUCUCACCAAAAAAUGGCUCGGAGGAAUAUCAAGGUCAUGGCGUUCACCAUUCUCCAAGGACAUCUCCUGUAACCUCACCCUCAACUCACAUUGAAAACUGGCAGAGCACAAGGUCACCGUCCCCAACCCCCCGACCUUCAUCAAGGUCAUCAUCACCAUGCGGAAAGAGAAGAUACUCCUGCGAUCGCUCCAGAACUCCUUCUCCACAGACGUCACCAAGGGUCAUUUCAAGAGACGAGUCCAGCUUGCACCAGUUUCCCAAUUCUGCAAGUCUUGCAGAUGCGAUGAGCACACUCACCACUGACUCCAACAAUGACUUGGGUGAAAUGGUCCCAUCCAAGGCUCGCAUCAUGGACCUCACCCCACCAUCCUCGCUCAAAGCUGACAUGUGUAAAGGAGAAAAACCUGCUGGCUUCACCACGCUUAAUUACACUGAGUUUUCAGUGCCCUGUCAGGAUUUGAAGAAUGAUCUUUAUGGCACUGACCCAUUUUUUCUGAUGCCUCCUCAUCCAUUUCAAUGGACAAAACCCAAACCUCCAUGCGGCAUUCCAUCUCUGCCACCUCUGGAGUGGCAUCUGCCAAGUUUAACAGAUCAAUACGAAUUGCAGAUUGAAGUACAGCCUAAACCACACCACCGAGCGCACUAUGAAACUGAAGGCAGCCGUGGGGCCGUUAAAGCACCAAGCGGUGGUCACCCCGUCGUCCAGCUGCACGGAUACAUGGAAAACAAGCCUUUAAGCCUGCAGAUAUUUAUUGGAACGGCAGAUGAGAGACUCCUGAGGCCACAUGCCUUUUACCAAGUCCACCGCAUCACCGGCAAAACAGUCUCGACCACCAGCUACGAGAAAAUCUGUGGAAAUACCAAAGUUCUGGAAAUCCCUCUUCUGCCAGAGAACAACAUGAAAGCAGUGAUUGAUUGCGCUGGGAUAUUGAAGCUGAGAAAUGCUGACAUCGAACUGAGGAAAGGGGAGACGGACAUUGGCAGGAAGAACACGAGGGUCAGGCUGGUUUUUCGAGUUCACAUUCCCCAGCCCAACGGCAGGAGUCUCUCACUGCAGGCUGCUUCCAAUCCCAUUGAAUGCUCUCAGAGAUCGGCCCAUGAGCUACCGAUGGUAGAGAAGCAGAGCACAGACAAUUGUUCAGUCACCGGUGGACAGCAAAUGAUCCUUAAUGGUCAAAACUUCACAACUGAGUCAAAGGUGGUUUUCACAGAGAAGACACCUGAAGGACAACAGAUAUGGGAGGUGGAAGCAACAGUAGAUAAAGAUAAAAGCCAGCCAAACCUGCUGUUUGUUGAAAUCCCACGUUAUCGGAACCAGCAUAUCCGCACAGCGGCAAAGGUGAACUUCUGUGUUGUUAAUGGUAAAAGGAAAAGAAGCCAGCCACAGAGAUUUACAUAUCUCCCUGCAGUGCCUAUCAUUAAAACAGAACCUAUUGAAGAGUGCGAAGGUGCCAUAUUCUGCAACACUGCGUACAAUGGAACCAUGCCUCAAUUUUAUUAUACGCAGCAGGUCAUGAUCCCUAACCCCACUUCCUGUCUUGGGGGGAGCAUGACUUCCUGUCGUUCGGGGUUCUCUCCACAGGAUUCCAAGUAUCAGCAGCAGAGUCCAAUAGGAGCUGCCUAUCCGAGAUCCAAAGGUGGCAGUCCAAAUCAUCUCGGCUAUCAAGCAUCUGCUGUGAUGGUGCCAACAAUCCCCAUCAUUCAAGAUCCCCACCGAUCUGUGCUGGUUCAUGCCGGGUCACCUGCCCAGUCUUCAAUGCUGCGUCAGUCUCCCAACAAUCAGUCUUCUGCAAUAAUUCAUCAUUCCCCAAACAACCGCGAGGCUCCCUCCAUGCUCCAAACCUCUCCAACCAACCACCAGUCACCCAUGAUACAACGCUCCCCAACCCACCAGCAGUUUUCCUCCAUGAUCCACCAUUCACCCACCAGCCAUCCGUUGAGAUACAGCAGUCACCAGGAUUACCAGCAGCAGGUGUAUUCAGAGAACGACCCCCAGGUGUCUAUUGUGCGAUCCACCACGCCACAACCUGUGCAUCACGUGCAAAAAAGUAGCCAAAAUCAAUACCCAGCCGCGACUCAUCCACAACAGCAAACAUCCAAUGCAAUCCAGAAGGCGUCCAGAGACAGCCCCUCGCCAAGCCAUCUUGCAACAUUGAUAAUGGAUCAGCAGGAGAAAGAAACAACAAGUACUGGAGUCACAGUGAAGCAGGAGCCACAGAACUUGGACCAGGCAUAUCUGGAUGACGAAACUUCAUGGGACUUCUUCAAAAGGCUGGAGCACUUUAAUCAGUUAAUGAAAUCAUAAGAAAAGAUCUUUCUGGAGUUCCUGUGCGAAGCCAGUCGUAAACUCAGCAAGUGUACAAUAGACACUUCCUUGCACAACGUGGAAAAUUUCUACACAUCCCAAUAACACCUGUGGUUCACCUAUAGGUCAGCUAUAAAGUUGAUAUUCAGCUGCACAGAACAAUAUGCUGGCAAGGAGUUGGUUUCUCUGACUAAUCACCAUGGGAACUUUAACCAGGUUCAUUACAGCAUAGCAAAUUUUCCUCAUAAUUUCCAUUCAUUUUGAAAUCCAUUCAUUGGGUCCAAAAAAGUGUGCUUUCUGUUUACAUUUAUACACUUUUAUUAAUUCGGAUCAGGCCCAUUUCCAGUCGAAUUUGUAAAGGACUGAUCUCCAGACCCUUUCGUGGGAAAUUUGGGCAUUUGUUAUGCUCUCCGUAUUAUCUACUUUAUCUACAAGGACCACGGAUUAUUUUUGCAACCAUUUCCAUACAAAAGACCUAAACAUGGCUUGAAGUCAAAAUGAAAAGUAUUGGUAUGAAGACGCUGUUUGACUGCAAGAAUGUGCAUCACUGCCACUUUGACAUCCCCUAUCACCACAUCAAAAUGAUCGGCACUCACUUAGAAAUAUAUUUGUAUGAAUCCCAGGCAAGUGUGAUGUCCUUUUUAGCAAAAUGCAAAAAAUAUAUAUAUAUAUAUAUUCACCAGCCUGUAACUCCCAGUUUUGUACAACAAUUUGUUGAUUUGUAUUGAACAUUGAUAACCGGUGAAUGAUCAGCAAAAGUACACGGUUUCUCUCAAACUAAGUAAGAUAUUUGAUGUACAGCAGUUUAAAGAAUACAGCUCCAAUCAACAUGCUGCAUUGAAGCUCAAGGUUUCUCCCUGACAUAUUCUGGGUUGUUGUUAAUAUACAGUAACUCUGACGUAAAACAUCUCAGCGGCCUAAUAUAAGACACGUGAAGAAUUCAAGAAUAACUAAUACUGUUAACUGAUGCAUGAUGAUUUAUUUAACCAAAUCAAAUGUGUCAUUGCAGAUCGAAUUGUUAAUAUCUCAAGCUCUGAGGAAUUAAUUUUUUGUGUAUAACUUGAAUUCCCAUUAUAAUGGAUCAUAGUUCAACAACAUAAAUACCAAAAAAAAUCUUAUAGCAUUUCAAGGAAUGUUGCCAUUGUUUUAGCAGGUUUUUUAAUAACAAUAUACUUCUUUUUUGAUACAUAUAUCUGAGAAUGAAGCUAUUUUCUCCGUUUUCAAAAGGAAUCAAGAUAAUUUUAAUUGUAUAUUAACAUAUCUGGUGUACAUGUUGCUUGUCGAUUUUUUAAAAAGUUAAUAUUGUGGUCAGUGUACAGACUUUUCUCCUGCUCAGCUGUUUUCCGACUGUUUGUGGUUUAAUCAGCCUUGCUGAAUUACACAACAGAAUCAGCUCGCAUUAGGCAGGUUAAAUAUUUUGUACAUUAUUAUCAUUAUUUUCUACUUGGACAUGUAGAUGCAAUUUUAAUAACGAGUGACUGAUAACAUGAUAUCAAAGUUGUUCCUUUCGCAGCCGUUUUUAGCUGAAUGGUUUAGCGUUAAUAUAGCUUUAACAAGUCUUCUGCCCUCAAUUAAUUUUGAGGCAUCCAAAUCUGCGCACCGUUCUCAUCAGAAGAUGCAAUCUAUUUCCUGACUUCUAGAACAAAAUACUGUUACAGUCAGGAUAGGAAUCAUUAAUAUUGGCAGGAAUAGUGUCAGUGGCAAAUUAAGUACCUGUAGUACAUUACAAUUUUUGCCGAAGAAUAGCUGGACUAUUUUGUGCCUAAUGAUCAGGAAUUUGGGGUUAGUUAUUAUUGAAAUGACUGGAAUAUCUCCACUAAAUGCUGGAAAUGCUUUUAAUGACAUUCUAUUCUCAAAUCUUGUGAAUCCACUAAUCUAUUAUGUCGUUGCAAACAGAUGCUAUUCUAACUCAACCACAAACUAUAGGAACAUUUGUUAUACUUUCUGAUAAACCAGAAGAUUUGUGUAUCUCUGCUGCUCAAAUUAUCUUAAUGUUUCUUGCAAUAUUGGGGGUAUGCCUAUCAAAUAUAUUCCCGGUUGGUGGCAUGGGAUAAUGCAUGGCAGAAUUAGAUUUAUAUAUCAUAAGUACUAAUUUGUUAUUGUUAACUGCCACCUUGUGGGGCUAGAAAAUAUAUUCAACCUUAUGGUACUGUAAAUGAGAUUACUGUAAAUAGGGGAAAGGAUUUACGGCCCGUAGUGUUUCAAACAUCUCAUAUUUCCACAAAGAAAGGGCUAUUCAGAUGCUACAAUUUGCUCAACUAUAUAAAGAUUCACAAGUACUUCGGCUCAAAUAAGAAAGCAAUUAUUAUUGAAAACCCCCAAGCAAUAGGACUGGUUCGUAAUCUGGUGCCUCAUUAGAAAUUGUUUAGCUGUGCAUCUUCGAAGUGUCUUUAGUUUUAUAAAUAGGUACAGCAAACUUUAAUCUCAACGCCCAUGAUCUCAAAAUGAUUUAAUGAGACAUUGAAUGUAGACUUAAGAAAGCCCAAAUGCCAUUUUUUUUUUUAAUGUUGAUGAAUUUAUUUUAGUUUUGUAUUAAACUUAUAUUUAGCUUGCUUAAAUGCCAAACGUUUAUUUUACUAUUCUCAUUCAAUAAUAACAAUUUAUCAAUGGUUUAUUGGACAGCAUUUCCCUUAUUAUAUAAUCAAGCAUGAAAAUUGCCAACUGUUGUAAAUAGCUUGUAAUGUAAGGAUCAGAAAUGAGAAGUUUUUAAAUGUGAUGGAAUAUGGAGAUAAGGAUGGCUUCAACUAAUAUUACAUCGUAGACACAUUAUUUUAAUUCCCCCUUCAAAAGUCCCAUUUAUGUACUGUCAAGGGAUAAUUCAUUCAUAGAUUAAAUCUCUGUUAAGGAAUCUGUUUUAAAGUAAGUUAUAUUCUUGGUUAUUACUUAACUACGGAGUGAACAAAUCUGGACAUUUAUAUUUGAUCGUUAUCUCUUAUUUAAUAUCAUAAUUAAAAUAAUACAUGGAAGGAUACUCCUACCAGUAUAUCAUUUCACAAAGCACACCGAGUAACUUAUGAGUCCUUUAUUUUGCAAACUGAAACUGUCGCAGGUGCAAACAAUAUAUUAUAAUUACAUAAACUCUUUGUAAAUGUAUAACAAAUUCUAUUUUGUUGACCCUCAAUGCGUUCAUAUUUUAAAGUCUUUUUUAGCAAAAAUAAACCAAAUUGGUAACUACAGUAAAAGGGCGGGAUGAAACAACGCAUCCAUCAGUGUUCAUUUACUCGAUUUGUAAAAAUGAAAUCUUAAAAAGAUUUGGCAAAUUAUCUUGAGUUAAUACAUGUUUGAAGUACAAAUUGCUUUCCUUACUUUUGUGACUCCCUGUCUUGGUGGUCAACCCAUUAUUCCUUAUAAAAUUGUCCCCAGGCAAUUUAUAUGGCAUUCAAUGCUGUAUGUUUUUCUAUUGAGUAUUUUUUGGCUCUUUCAAAGUGCACAACAUGGCUCAAGUCUUGUUUCUAAACCUAUUUUGUAACAGGUUUAAAUACAUAUCAAAAGGUGGUCUUUGGGAUUCAAAUGGAAAAUGUUUAAAUGAGUCAGCUUCUUGUAUGUGUAAUGUAAUUUAUGUAAUUACUGUAAUUUAUUACAGAACUAUAUUUUGCUUUAGAACAUUGUCAGCUCCAACAGUUUUUAAUUGCUCUAUUUUAUCAAACUCUUUCAACGAUGCACAAAAUCCCUCCAUCAACAACUUCCAGUCCCUUAUAAUGACCAGGGGCUGCAGUUGGCAUGUAUUUAGAAACUGACAAGCAGGGACAUUUUGUAUUAGUUUAUUGUGGAUGGUGGCCACAAAUGUCGACGAGGAAACGCCAUCUUUCCUCAGUUGUCUAAAUGGUUUGCUGCAGUGCCUUCCUGUCAUUGUACUGAAACAAAAAAACGAAUGGACUGGAUGCCAAAAAAAAUCAACCCUGUUUUCCACAGAUCUCUGUAAAGUAAAAUAUUUCAAAGAUAAAUGUUUUUUUUUGCUAAGUAUCUACCAAGCAAAGUAUGUUUUGAGCCAACAAGGUUCUUAGCAAAGGUCAACUAUGGAAAGCUGACUCACAAAGGUCCAUGUGUAAUAGCAGAAAGAAUGUGAUAAAGUGAAGAUUUGCACUGUUAAAUGUAAUGCCAUUGAUUAAGAGCAAUAUAUUCAUUCUGAAUGUAGAACUUCUCGAAAGACAGCACUAUAUUUUUUUGUAAUGUAAAGAUUUCUGCUGCUUACAUUUGUAUCCAAAAAGUUCUCAAUAUCUAUUCAUGUUUUUCAAAAGCAUGAUGUUAUCUUUAUUUUUAAAGUAUAGAAAUGUUUAAUAUUUUUGUUUCAUGCUUCUGACCUUAAACUAUUGUCGAUAUAUGCCUGACUUUUAUAUUCCCCUCAGUCAGAUCUAAUGAGAUUUGGACUAAUGCAAUGUAGUCAAGUACUGCUUACGUAAAGAAAUAUAUUUACUAAGAUUUUCUAAAAAAAAACUAAGAACCAGCACAGAAGGGGUUAAAUGCAUCUGAUGAUAUUGACAUUUUAUUCUUUAAGCAAAGUAUUAAAUCAUUAACUUUUGUACUCUGAUGCUAAUUAUUAUAACCUUUUGCCAUGCUUAGAUCUGUGCAAUUUAUCAAUAAAAAUGAAAAAAAAGCUUGAUUUUUGGC